AUGCAAGAACCCGCAAUCAACGAUCCGGAUUGGGCUGAAGGCAGCUCGGAUACCGAGGACGAAAGCGAUGGAGACGUCAGCUCCGCAGACACGAUCCCCAUCAGUAUUCCUCCCAAGUUCCUUCUCUCGGAAUCUUCCUCAUCUCUAAACGAUGAGUUACCUCCCGUCAGCAUGGACCCUGACACGCAGGCGCGUCUCGAGGUCCUCCUGAGCGCAACAGGAUUAUCAAAGUUCUCUUUGGAAGCUAAACAGUUCAAUGAUCCUGAGGUUCUCCGGAAGCUCACAACCACCGUCAGUUCGGCCUUGGACGAGGCCGCAGCUGCACUGUCCCGGAUGAAAGCUGAACAGGCCCAAUCUGGGCACCAACAGCAGCAGCAGCAACAUCCUCAGCACCAACAGCCGCAGCCACAGCCGUCGCAAAACGGUCCGAGUGGUGCAGCUGCCGCAGCUGCCUCCCGCGCGGUCGAGGCGAGCUCAGCCCCAGGAAUCCCGUCUCAGCCCUCAUCUCCACUGCAGCAGACGUCAUCGAGUAGCCCUCAAAGCACAACACCGUCGAGUCCUUCGCGGAGCUUGGUGCACGCAUGCAUGGGCGGAGAUACGAUGGCGGUCAAGCGACUAUUGGAUAUGGGUCGAGAUGUGAAUCAAAUCACGGAGCAGGGCGAAUCUCUUCUCAGCUUAGCUUGUGCGUCAGGAUAUUACGAAUUGGCGCAGUUGUUGUUGGUGAUGCGAGCGAACAUUGAAGAAACCGGAAUGAAAGACACUACGCCUCUGAUGGAAGCAGCCAAUUCGGGGCAUUGUGAAAUUGUGAGGUUGCUCUUGGCGCACGGUGCCGAUGUUAAUGCCAAGACGAACCAAAAUAACACCGCGCUGAUGUUCGCGUGUUGCAACGGUUUCGAAGACGUUGUACAGGUCCUCCUCGAAGCGGGUGCCAAUCCCGAGACGCACAACGAAAGCGGUCAUACCCCUCUGAUGGAAGCGGCUUCCGACGGCAAAGUCGGGGUAGCGAGACUGCUGGUCGCACACGGCGCUCAGAUAAACUCCCAUUCCAACGAGUUCAAGGAGAGUGCGUUGACGCUCGCCAGCUAUAAGGGUCACCUGGAAAUGGUCCGUUUCUUGCUGGAGGCUGGCGCAGAUCAGGAACACAAAACCGAAGAGAUGCACACGGCUCUCAUGGAGGCGUCGAUGGACGGCCACGUGGACGUCGCUCGCUUGUUGCUCGAUUUCGGUGCUCAGGUCAACAUGCCCCAGGACUCGUUCGAGAGUCCUCUGACCCUCGCGGCGUGCGGCGGUCAUGUCAAGCUCGCCCAGUUGUUGAUCGAGCGCGGUGCCAACAUCGAAGAAGUCAACGAUGAAGGAUACACGCCUCUCAUGGAAGCUGCUCGUGAAGGGCACGAGGAUGUCGUAUCUCUGCUGUUGAAGCACGGCGCCGACGUCAACGUUCAAACGGCCGACACCGAGGAGACGGCGUUGAUCUUGGCCUGCUGCGGGGGCUACCUGGGCGUGAUCGAUUUGCUCAUCAAGGCCGGAGCUCAUCUGGAACUGGGAGGAUCGACAGCGUUGAUGGAAGCCGCUCAAGAAGGUCAUCUCGAAGUCGUUCGGGUCCUGAUCGGUGCCGGUGCCAACGUGAGCGCCUGUACGGAGACUGGGAACACGGCGCUCGGUUACGCGUGCGAGAACGGCCACACCGACGUUGCGGAUCUUCUGCUGCAGGCGGGAGCUGUUCUCGAGCACGAAAGCGAAGGAGGCCGAACUCCGUUGAUGAAGGCCGCGUUGGCUGGAAACGAUUGCACGGUGAAGUUCCUUCUGUCGAAGGGUGCCGACCCGAACAAGAAGACGCCGUCAAACGACCACACGGCGCUGUCGCUCGCGUGCGCCGGCGGUCACACCGAGGUCGUCCGGGUGCUUCUCGACGCCAACGCCAAUCCAUCGCAUCGACUCAAAGACAACUCCUCGAUGCUGAUCGAAGCGGCCAAGGGGGGUUUCGCAGCAACCGUACAACUGCUACUCGAGUACCGAAAGAAAGGUUCGAGCCCACCACCUCCACCACCGCCCAUGUUGCCCCAGGCGAGCGGCACCACCGGCGCGUCGCACGCCACCGGCCCCACCUCGAUCAUCGAAGCCGGCGCCGCGCCAGCCGCAGCGUGCGCGGCUCCCGGCAACGUUGCCUUGACCACCACGGCGGUAGCCGACCACCUCAAUCGGGAUGCGGAUUUCCGAGCUGGUUUCGAAUGCUUCACCUCAAUGAUCGCUCAAUCGGCGUCAGGCGAUGAAGGUCACCUCCGAAGUAAACAACACAUUCUGGAUGAGUUGCAUAAGGUAGAACGCGAACUGCAGGAGCAGGUGCAGAAAACUUGUAGUAAAACCAACAAGCAAGGCUUCCUCACCUCUCUCGUCAGUGACGUCGUCAGCGGAACCGCUAAUUAUGUGACUCAGGAGCCGGAAGCCGGCGGCAGCGGCGCCUCGAACGGCGCGCUUGCGAAAUCCAUCCAGGACGAUGAAGUGACUUCUGCGAUGGCCCCGAGUCCGAGCGAUUUAUUGGCCAUCGAUGUCGAGUGGCAAACCGACUCUAACCACGAUACGGCACUCACCCUCGCAUGCACCGGAGGUCACAAGGACCUCGUUGCGUUGUUACUCAACAAAGGUGGGAACAUCGAACACCGAGACAAGAAAGGUUUCACGCCAUUGAUGCUUGCAGCCACCGCUGGUCAUUUUGCUAUUGUUGAAAUUCUCCUGGACAGCGGCGCCCAGAUGGAGGCGCAGUCAGAGCGCACGAAAGACACUGCCUUAUCAUUGGCCUGCUCUGGAGGACGUCUCGAGGUCGUUGAGAUCCUCCUUAACCAUCAAGCCAACCGUGAGCACCGCAACGUUAGUGAUUACACCCCGCUUUCGCUGGCUGCCAGCGGAGGCUACGUGAACAUCAUCGAACUCUUGUUGCACCAUGGAGCUGAGAUCAACUCCCGAACCGGAUCGAAGCUCGGAAUCAGCCCGCUGAUGCUAGCUGCGAUGAACGGUCACACAUCGGCAGUCCGUCUGCUCCUCAACCAGGGUUCUGAUAUCAAUGCCCAGAUCGAAACCAACCGGAAUACCGCUCUCACCCUUGCGUGUUUCCAAGGCCGUCAUGAGGUCGUGUCGCUAUUGCUCGACCGCAAAGCAAACGUAGAACACCGCGCUAAGACUGGAUUGACUCCGCUGAUGGAGGCCGCGUCCGGAGGCUACGUCGAUGUGGGAAAAGUCCUGCUGGAGAAAGGAGCGGACGUCAACGCUCCCCCAGUGCCUUCCUCUCGCGAUACGGCGCUCACCAUCGCCGCAGACAAGGGCCACUUGCGUUUCGUCGAACUUCUCCUCGAGCACGCAGCGUCCGUCGACGUUCGCAACAAGAAGGGCAACUCGCCUCUUUGGCUAGCGUGUAACGGUGGACACCUGGACGUCGUGCAGAAGUUGGUCGCAGCCAAAGCCGACAUCGAUUCGACCGACAACCGAAAAGUCUCCUGUCUCAUGGCAGCCUUCCGUAAGGGCCAUCAGAAAGUCGUCAAGUGGAUGGUGAAACACGUCGCCCAGUUUCCCUCCGACCAGGAGAUGACUCGCUACACUCAAACGCAGAACGACAAGGAACUGCUCAAGAAGUGCCAAGUGUGCAUGGACAUCAUCCACCAGGCGAAGGAGCGUCAACAACUUGAAGCGGAACGGAACGCGGACUCGCUGCUCAAGGCGCUGGAAGAGGAGAAGACCCGCGAGGAACAGAGGAAGGCCGCUGCCGCCCGCAGGAGAGAGAAGAAGCGACAGAAGAAAAAGGCCAAGCAGGCGACCUCGAAGGACGACGACGAAGACGAAGAGGACGCGAUCGCAGAAAACAACAGCUACAGUCCCCAACCGACCGAAACCCGACCCCCGACGAUCGACGAGAUCUCCAACGCCGGUGGCAGCCCGACGUGCAUUGUACCCCAACGGAGGAGCAACCACGCCAACCCCACCCCUCCCAAGAGCCCGUCACCAACACCUGUCAUCCGAGUCGUUGAGAAAGCACCACCAACGUCGACCCCACUGCCCGCAGGGCGUCCCGGAAGGAAGGAGCGGAAAAUGCUCGAGCGGAAUCGGAACGCGGAGCCGACUCCCGUUCAGAAGUCGUUCCCAGCACCAUCGGUCGGAGCUAUAGCACAACAGAACCUGAAAUCGAAUCCGAGCGCGGAAUCGCAGGCAUCGAUCGUUUUCGGGACGGCACCACCACCUCCGGCCAGUGUAUCGGUUCAGAAGAACCUUCGAGUUUCCGAUUCGAACGGAGCUCCGCCGCUCCAACACCAGAAGGAGGAACAACCAUUCGAGCCCGUAUCUGUGAACCGACAACGCAACAGAGUCUCUCCGAAGUCCCAGUCGUCCGGCCAGGGAACCCGAGAGGAAGGUUGGAAAGAGGUGACCAGGCGAAUCAAGAAAGUAGCCGUUCCCGCCUCCGCCAUCUCGAGAGUCAUAGGUCGCGGAGGAUGCAACAUCAACGCGAUCCGAGAGGUUUCGGGCGCCUACAUCGAAGUUGAGAAACAGAACUCCAAAGUUGGCCCCUGCGAGCGAACCGUCAUCAUCCGCGGAUCGACCGAGUCCACCAAACAAGCAACGAAUCUGAUCGCCGGACUGUCCGACGACCCCGACGCCGAUCUGCUCGACGUGGUGCACAAGUGCGGUCUGGCCACGGCGGCGACCAAGAAAAUCGUUCAGAACCACCUCAAGAGCGCCGGAGGGGGAGCCCCCUCUCAAGCUUCCUACUCCAUUCCGUCGUCAGCACCUAAGACCAAGGUCAUUGUCCAACCCGCUCCUCCGCCCGCCCAACCAGCGUGGAGUCUCCCUGUAAACUCUGUUCUCAAGUCGCAGUCUCCGGCGCCCGUGACGGCGGAGCCCAAAAUCAAGAAGAACCCCGACCACUCGACACUGUCGAACCCAUCAGCGGCGGCAGGGGCGUCUUCGACCUCCGGAGCUAGCUCGGCAAACCAACAACAGGGACCCGUAGCUCCGCCGACGUCCUCGUCGCUAAAGUCUUCCUCGGCGCCCAACAUCCACCAACAACCGCCUCAACAACAACAACUCGUUGUCAAGAACAAAGCGCCCUCGCCAUCGCCCGUGAUCGUUGCUCAAUCCCAGGCGGAGACGUCGAAGCCCAUUUCGAAAUCCCAACCCUCGGCUUCGCCGACCCCGCAGCCCCUCGGCGCUCGCUGGCAACAGGUCUGGUCCGGGGCCGACAACAAGAGCUGGGCCGUCAACGGGGGCUCCCAGCAAGAACGCCGCUUCCCUUCUCUGAUGAACAGCUCGACGGUUCAGCAGUCUUCGCAGGUUAUCGUUGUCCCGAGCGAUUCUCCAGCGCCCUCGCCCCGUGCCGUCUCUUCGCCCGCGUCGAUAUCCCCGCGCAGCGAAGAAGAAAUGCUCACCAAAGCACCAGUCUUCAACCGAGCGUCGACUUCGAUCACGUCGACUUCCGUACAUGCAUCGCCCACUAAUUUUCGCCACCUCCAACAUCAGCAACACCACCAGCAGCAGCAACACCAACAACAGCAUUCGGUGGUUGCGAGCACGAUGUCUGCUCCGUGUACUCCCCCAUUCGGUUCGACGAGCGGUCCCUCUUCGCCCACACCAGCCAUCACGAUCGACUUCAACAUGGCCAACAACAACAACAACACCAGUACCAGCAACAACAAUCUGAGUAAUAAUCUCAUUAUGGGUAAUUCCUCGAACGGUAGUAGCACCCCCAUCUCGGCGGCAACCUGGGCGGCAGCAACAACAGCAUCCCUCAUCGAUUUGAGUGAAGCUACUGGUGCGGUCGCGGCUCAACUCGGAGUUGCCCCACCUCCAGGCAGUGCUUCCAACGCGUACAAAUACGGCGGCCCUCUAGAGAGCAGCAGCAGCGGCAGCAGCAGCCACACUCUCGACGUGGGAACCGGACUUGGUAAUGUUGUUGGAACCUCGAUGUACUCGAAUAAUAAUAUCCACCCGCAUCACCACCAGCCGUCUCACAUGACAACCCUGAACAACCUCGCCAACCAAAUGGGCUACCACUCCCAUCAAAGUUCCCAUCAAGACAUGAAUGGAGCCGCAAACCAUCUUUCAACGUCCACGGCUGCUUUGAACGGACCAUCGGCUUCCCUAAGCCAACAGCACCAUCUCGAUCGCCAACUUCAUCCCCUACCAAUCGGUACGGAACGCGCUCAGCAGCGAAAAACGUCUGCGAUGCCAUCGAACCAGAUGUGGAGUAUGCAAGGCAAUCUCCCACCCAUGUCCGACAGCGAUCGCCACUGGUAUCCCAAUGCCGGGGGGAGUUUCGAUCCGUUGAACGCCGGUGGAGAGUACCUGCUCAGAUCUCUGAGCGGUGGCGUGUCCUCGCAUUCGAUUCCGAACGAAUCACUCAUGAAUCCGUUGGCAGCGGCGGCGGCGGCGGCAGCAGCGGCGGCCGGCUUGCAACAGCAGCCGGACAUGUAUCACCACCUUGGCCACCCCAUGAGCGGCGGUCUUGGGACCUCGGGAGGCCUGGGCAGUAUUUUGCCAAACCACAAUGGCGGAUUGGCGGCUGGACAAGGAGGUUACAUGUUCGGAGGGGAUCCUUGGAGUGCGCAGCACUCUCAGGCGCCGCCGUUGCACCAACAGCAGACGCAGCAUCCGCCUCCCCACUCCAACCACAAGCCAACUAUACCCAACUACAACGCGAGCAAGUGGAGCUGGCUACAGGGAGGACCGCAGUAG